AGGCACUGCGGAGCAGGGGGACUGGAGUGGUGGGGGGUUCUAUCCCCCUCCCAAAUAAUUCUGAAUAAAAAAAACUAUUAUUAGUAGUAAAUCUUAAGGCAGAGAUGCAUUUUACUGGCAGAGUGCAGGUAAUUGCAUUUCAAGAAAUCUGGUUUUAAAAUGUCAUGGGGAGCAUACCCCCGAACCCCAUAGAAACGUUGCGCCCUACAUCCCUGUCAGUCUAUUUUGCUAAACAACAUUGGUUUCACUUCGGCAACCUUUUUUAUUGACGCUUGACCACAGUUACACUUUUACCACUGUAUUAAUGUAAUGUUAACUUUAGUCAGUGAGCGUAGCAGAAAAAUGCUGGCUAGACUUGUCCGGCACCUAAAUUUUUCUAGGCACAACCCUUUAUUAUAUAUAAUUAUAUUGUCCUUUCUUUUUCAUAUAAGACUGUCUUUGGUGUAGGAUCAAGAAGUAGGCCAGAACUUAAUUGCAGACCCGACAGUGUUCUGCACACUUGUCACAACAUACUGACUGGAAGUCUGCUUUCAUUGAUCUAAUGAAAAACUGUGCUGCAGUCAUCAGGGCUGAGGGAACACUAGCAGCAGCAAUAACGGAGAUGGGUCUUUUGUCAUUUCUUAUGACUCUGGAGUCUUCUUUAUUGGGCAUGUCAAGUCCAGCUUUAACAGAUGGGAUUUUUUUUUUCAGUCUCUUCCAGAUUCAUGAACAUUUGUAUGUCCGUUAUUUUGAAUCUGGAAGGCUGUCUGGAUUUUUCAGAUCCAAAGGCAUUAAUAUAAUACGGAAGUCGGUUGGUGGCAGUUACACACACACAUAACAUUUUCCAUCUUCAAGUCUUUAAUGCCACUGACAUUGAACAACACCAAAAGAAGAUCAAGGAAAGACUUGAGGAAAAAAGAAAAGCACAAAACAUUGCUUCAUUGAAAAGAUCACGUGAUAACCAUCCCACCAUUCGGAAUGUAUCAUCGGUAUGGGAUUUCAUCAGCCGACUUAUGUAUGUCACAGAGGUAGUAAACGGCAACCUAUCGAAACAAACAAGCAUCCUGCUGCAAAACGGACCACAGUACAGUGCACCAGGCCUUCAACCCAGGCCAUUCCAUCAAUGUCGGCUACUACUUGCCAGCACACCAGCCGUUCAACCCAGCCCAUUCCAUUCUCAUUUACUCCCGCGUCAGUCCCACCAAGAAGAUGAAGGAAAGUCUGGUUCGUUGGUACACGCAUAAGUCAUCAGUGGAUUGUAAAGGAAGACAAAGGUAUUUCAAAAUGGUAUGAUAGAAUUGUUACUGGCUUGAUACAUGGAACAAAUUGAGAGACGGAUGCUGUGUAUGAAAUCAUUUAUGGCUAUGAUGCUGAUGAUAUUUAUGAAGUGGAUCAUUUGGUAGAGACCUAUCAUCAGCAGAGUGUGAAGUUUACAGAUACGUAAGUAUUUCAUUGCUCAACUGUUGUUGAUGGAUGUACAGAGGACCCUUGGAUUACAUUCAAUCUGGUAGUACCAAACUAAAUAACUUCCGGCUGGGUCAAAGUUCGAGAACUUUUGAUAGAGAAGUUAACCACAAGUCCUGUGAUUGGUGAUAAAUGUGAGUGUUAGUUGUAAAAAGAAAUAGUUUUAUCUGGGCAAAAAAUGUGUGCAAUUCUAUUUCUUCUAGUACCACUCUGGCAAGUAGCCUUGUGCUUGAAACAUGUAUGGGGAUACCAGUGUUAAAAAAAAAAGCAAGAAAAAAAAAAAGAAAGAAAAAAAAGCGCCUCAAAUGUUGUGCUGCAGCAUUUCUAACACGAUGACGUCAUCAUACCCAGUGUCUAAGUUGAACGACACGUUGACUGAAUUGAAACGAGUAUUCAAAGAAAUAUUGCAACCAGAUGAAGCCGAGAAGUUUGACGAGCUCCUUGAGGAGGCUAAUGCAACUAGUUUACCAACAGUUCAGAAAAUCUUCGAGUCAAGCGUGAAAAAUAAGAAGAAUUGGAAUGCAGAAUACGGGCGUCAGUUCAUGCUCUCUAUCCGGUUUCCUAUUCCUGUCUCUACUGCUAUGUCUUUCGUUUUAGAAGUGGACAGCAAUCACAGUAGUCAGGUUGCAAGGGCUGCGAGCCUACUUGUCGCAGUAGGACAGAUCUACAGUGACCCCAGCAUGAUGGAGGAGAUGACUAACGCCUUUGUAAGGAGAGGCGCCAAAGAAAAUUAUUUAGAUGAAAUGUUACUGGCAGCAUGCAGAGUUCCUGGUAUGGAGAAAGAUGAAUAUGUGGUGUACAAAGACGUCAGACAUGUUUUGCUCAUCAGCAAGAACAGCAUGUUCACUAUUGAUAUUCUGGAUGACAACAGACAAGUGAUACCUGCAGGGAUGAUUGUAAACCAUCUGGAAUAUAUUAUCAAUCAUUCUGGUGAAUGUAAUGCGAAUCCACUUGCUCUGACGGCUCUGCCUCGCAAUGAUUGGCAUGUCACCCGCUUAGAUUUGCUCAAAGACAAGUCUAACCAGGAAUCCCUUGCAACAGCUGAGAGUUCUAUAGUGACUCUUGUCCUGGAAGAUCAACCAUCACCAAUGCCCCUUAGUAAAACUCUGCAGCAUAUUCAGUUUGGCAGGCCUUCGUUCCGGUACUACGAUAAGCUGGUCAAUGUUAUCGUGUAUCGUGAUGGACAAGCUGGGCUAUUCGUAGAUCAUGCGUGUUCUGACAGUUAUGUAGCUGCAAAGCUAUGCAUGUUGAUAAACAAACUUGCCAACGACGUGCAUAUUUCACCACAACCAAAUGGCAGCAAUUCAUAUCCAGCAUCUUUGCACAUUUCAACUCCUGAAAAGACUGUACCAACUUCCAUAUGGGAUCAUCCGGAUAGAGAUGUUGCUACAUUUGAAUUCCCUGUUUGUUCUAAUUUACUUAACAUUUUGGAAAGGUCCUAUGUGCGUGAUGCGUGGUUGCAUCUAUCACUGCAGCUUGCCAUUCUUGAACUAACAGGGACCUCGUCCUUUCUGAUACUUGAACCCACCUACAUUGAUAACUUUAAAAAUGGAGGAACAGACGCCACCUUCCCCAUGAGUAUGCAGUCUCGUGAAUUAGUAACAAAACUUAAGGAAGGAUCACCAUUUGGAUCCCUGAUGACGUCACUGAAAGCAGCCCUGGCAGAACAUAGGCGACUGGUUAAGAAUACAAAGACGGGUAAAGCAUAUGGCUCACACAUCAGUGCCCUGCAAUCUAUCUUAAAUCGUCAAGCCCCUGGUCAUCCACUGUUGCCAUAUCUCCAGCGCUUCCAGAAACCAGAUGUAAUGAUGACUGGAGCAUCAGAAGGGGGCCAUCUUCUAAGGGCAGCUGCUGGCAAUGUCUUUGCAGACAAUCAACUGGUAGUCACCUAUAUUCUGAAAGAAAAUGAGAUAGCCUUUGUCCUAACAACAAGUGGGACAUUUUCAACAAUGCUACCAACCAUUCCAAAUGCAUUAUCAAAAUCUUUGAAUCGACUGCUGCAAUUGAUUGUAUGCCACGUUUCAGCUGGGGCCAUGAUGAAGAAUAGUGUGCCAGAUAGCACGACUAAAGCAGAAUAUACUUCGUAUUUACACCCCACUCCCAAUACGCUAGGUACAGUCAUCGUGCAACACGACGGACAGCCCCAGGGGAUCCGACUGCUAGACGAUGCAGAUGGACUGGUCUCGUUCAUGGCAUAUGGAAAGUCAGUUGCCUUGAGACUUCAAACACAGCUAGGCGUUGAACGUUGUGGUAUGAUUGCACUUUUCUUACCCAACGAUAAACCAAAGAUGCAUGUAGUUCCUUUCCAUGGGUUAGGGAAAAACUGGAUUUCAGUUGUCGCAGAGGAACAAGAAUAUUCCCCUGUGUAUAAAGGUUAUGUUACAUCGGUUGAAGGUCCCCGUGUCUCGAAUCAGGAGCUAACUCUGAUGCAGAAGAGACUGUUGGCUGGUGAUGUAGUUCCCAAAUGGGACAACACGUUUAAUGGGGAUCCCAAGGACAACAAUCUCUUCGCUCGACUGGUGCGAGGAGAGCUGCCACACUGGAGGGUUUGGGAGGAUGAUCACCACAUCGCGUUUCUCACACCUUUCCCCAACACGCCAGGAUUCACGGUCCUCGUUCCCAGGGAGCAUCUUUCAAGCAACAUAAUUGGUCUGCCAGACGAGAACUUUACAAAGCUGUUUAGAGCAGUUCAUAAGGUUGCCACGGAACUUAUGUCCUCUCUGUCGCUGGACGGAUGUGCUAUCGUAUGCGAGGGGAUGGAAAUCGACUACGCUCAUGUCAAGGUCAUUCCUCUACGUGAGACAAGUUCGUGUGAGCACCAUGUUACAGAUCAGCUUCACGAAACAUAUCCAGGAUUCUUGUCCACCAAACAUGGACCAGAAAUGGACAUUAAUCAGUUGGUGGGUAUUGCUACAAAACUCGCUCUUGUUUGAAAAUUAUAUUCAAAAAGACGUUUUAUGACCAGAAUAUAUUUACAAGAAUGGACUUUUGUUUCCAAAAUAUAUAUUUUUUUCGUAUUCCUGCUAAUGUAAUGGACAUUAAUCAGUUGGUGGAUAUAUGCUACAAAACUCGCUCGUUUGAAACGUGUGUUCAAAAAGACGUGUUAUGACCAGAAUAUAUUUAGAAGAAUG